AUGGCAAUGACAAAUAACAAAACACAAUGUUUCACAUGUAAUAAGGAUAAAAUAACAUAUUCUUGUGACGGAUGUUUACAAAGAUUUUGUUUAAUACAUUUACCGGAACAUCAACAAAGAUUAAAUGAAGAAUUAAAUCAUAUUAUUGAUGAUUAUAAUGAAUUUGAAGAAAGACUAAUUAAUGAACGAAAACAAAAUCCACAUAAUCUUUCUUUAAUAGACCAAAUUGAUCAAUGGGAAAUAAAUUCAAUUGACAAAAUAAAACAAAAAGCAAAAGAAUGUAGAGAAAUUGUCAUUAAAUCAUCACAAACAUUUUUGAAUAAUAUUGAAAAGCAAUUUAAUGAUUUAAGUGAACAAAUAAAACAAAUUCGCGAAGAAAAUGAAUUUAAUGAAAUUAAUUUAAAGUAUUUAACAAAUCAAUUAAUGAAAAUCAAUCAAGAAUUAAAUAAUCCAUCAAAUAUUUCUAUUCAACAAGGAUCACAAGUAUUUAUCAAUGAGAUUUCAAUUAUUUCAUCAAAAAAACCAAAAUUCAACAAAUGGAAACAAAAUGCUAUCACUGUGGCUGGUGGAAAUGGAGAAGGACGUGGAUUAAAUCAACUCAAUUCCUCUUAUGGAAUUUUUAUUGAUGAAAAGAAAAAUAUUUUUAUUGCUGAUUGUUAUAAUCAUCGUAUAGUUGAAUGGAAAUAUAUUGCAAAAGAAGGACAAAUCAUUGCAGGUAGAAAUGGGGAAGGAAAUCUAAUGGAUCAAUUAAAUUUUCCAACAGAUGUGAUUGUUGAUCAGCAAAAUCAUUCAAUCAUCGUUGCUGACCAAGGAAACAGACGAGUGAUUCGGUGGUUGAAUCAGAAUCAACAAAUUCUCAUUGAUAAUAUUGAUUGUUUUGGUUUGGCAAUAGAUAAAUAUGGAUCUCUUUAUGUUUCGGAUUGGAAGAAGAAUGCAGUGAGACGAUGGAAAAUGGGAGAAUAUAACAACGAAGGAAUUGUAGUGGCAGGUGGAAAUAUAAAAGGAAAUCAACUCAACCAACUCAAUCAUCCUACUUUUAUCUUCGUUGAUGAAGAUCAAUCUGUUUAUGUAUCUGAUCAAAAUAAUAAUCGUGUAGUGAAAUGGAGAAAAGAUGCAAAAGAAGGAACAGUUGUGGUCGAAGGAAAUGAUGAUGGAAGCGAUCUCGAUCAAUUGUUUUAUCCUCAAGGAGUAAUUGUGGAUGAUUUGGGUCAGAUCUAUGUGGCAGAUUCCAUGAAUGAUCGAGUAAUGCGUUGGUGUGAAGGAAAAGAAGAAGGUGAAAUUGUUGUUGGUGGAAAUGGUGAAGGAAAUCAACCAAAUCAAUUGAAUUAUCCCACAGGUUUAUCUUUUGAUGAUGAAGGAAAUCUUUAUGUUACUGAUAGUCGAAAUCAUCGAAUUCAAAAAUUUGUAACAGUUUUUUGA